GGCAAGGGACUUGUGCUCUUGCUCCAUGGACCGCCCGGCGUCGGUAAGACCCUGACGGCUGAGACAGUCGCCCGGGCCACAGGCAAGCCAUUGUUUGUCGUGUCGGUCGCUGAGAUCGGCCUGGAUGCGUCCCGGGCCGAGCAAAAGCUGGAGAAAAUCUUCUCCCUCGCGACCAAGUGGCAGGCCGUCCUCCUCAUCGACGAGGCGGAUGUCUUCCUCGAGACCAGGAACCGGUUCUCACCCCCACAGCGAAACGCCCUCGUGUCGGUGCUCCUGCGCGUGCUCGAGUACUACGAGGGUAUCAUUAUGAUGACGACGAACCGGAUCAAGGCCAUCGACGUCGCUGUCAUCUCGCGUAUCCACCUGGCGGUGCGGUACACGGACCUCGGUGCCGUAGAGAUGCGCAACAUCUUCAAGUACUAUCUUAACCAGCUCCGUCCAGACCUCAUCCACAACCUGGAAGAGAUCAUGAACUUCAUCGACACCUUCGGCCACAUGUACAACCUCAACGGUCGUCAGAUUCGCAAUGUGGUCAUGGCGGCGCAGGCAUACGCG